UGUGUGCUCUGCUUGCUCUGCACCUUGUUUCUCCUUGACUUGGCUGGCUGGAGUGACAAAAUCUGUGAUAAAAGUGAAGAGGAAAAGAGUAAUUGGAUAAUGUUUGGGUGGCAAAAACACGAGUUGAUUGUAUUUCCUGGCAUCACUCUCUGAAUCGAGAAAAAAAAUGAGAGACACUGGAGACGCAGCAGAGGCUGGACACAAAAACAGCAAAUCUGAGAAGGACCAGAGCUGGAUCCCCAAAAUCUUCAAGAAAAGAAUUUGUUCCACCUUUGUUGAAGAUUCUUUCAGUAAUGGCGCUCUCUGUCAGUGUGGGGGAACAAGGGAUGCCCAUGCUUCUGUGGCUCUUGGAGACUAUUUCAGCACUGCCAUUGUCAACCACUGGGACAGUGCCCAGCACUCCUCUGAAUGCCCGACGGAUGCCUUUGGAGAGUUGCAGUUUGCAGGAUCCAGCAAGAGACACAGCUAUUUCUUGCGUCUGUCGUGGGACACACCCCCGUCUAUGGUCUACACAUUAAUGACAGCCCACUGGGGUCUGCCUGCACCUAACCUGGUGGUCUCCAUAGUGGGUGGAGAAGGCAGGACGAAGGUGAAAACGUGGGUGCGUGAGGUUCUCAGGCAGGGACUGGUAAAGGCCUCACAAAGCACAGGAGCUUGGAUCCUAACAGCGGGUCUCCGAGAAGGGGUUGGGCGGUGUGUCGGAGAGGCGGUGAGGGAUCACGCCACCGCAGCUUCCUCUGUCUCCCUCAACAAGGUGGUAGCUCUGGGGGUUGCUCCCUGGGGGCUCGUCCACAACCGGCAACAGCUGGUCAAUCCGCAGGGCAGUUUUCCUGCCAAGUAUUAUGUCCAUAACACAACCCGGGACUCAUGCUGCCUGGACAACAACUACCAGGCCUUCCUGCUGGUGGAUGAUGGGAGUGUGGGACGCAGAGGUGGAGAGACGGGCUUCAGGGCCAAAAUGGAGGACUACAUCUCCCACCAGCGUACGGGCAUUUGGGGCAGUGGAAGCAUCGAUAUCCCUGUUUUAUGCAUGCUGGUUUCAGGUGAUGCCAGCCUGCUGGAGAGAGUAGAUCUAUCCCUGAAGAACUCUAUGCCCUGGUUGGUCCUGGCGGGCUCAGGAGGCAUGGCCGACUUCCUGAGCGACGUCUUGGAAAACCUGUCAUCGGCGCCGGUCGUCCAGUCCUCCGGUGAGGGUGACGGGGAGGCGGGUCCCAGCAUGGACCUGAAAGACAGAGUUGCAGAACGGGUUCGGAAACACUUUGCAUCUGAAGUAGAGACGGACAAACUUGUUGAGCGUGCUCUGAGCAUCUACAACAACAAAGACCUGAUCACCAUCUACCAUGGAGAGCAGGAAGGCCCCAAUGAUUUUGACACAGUCCUGCUCAAAGCUCUGGUGGGAGCGACUAAGCAGCGCGCGUCAGUGGACCACAGCCCGUACAAUGAAGAGCUGAAGCUAGCAGUCACCUGGAACAGGGUGGACAUUGCCAAAAGUGAACUCUUCAAUGGAGACAUCCAGUGGAGGUAUGAAGACUUGGAGGACUCCAUGACAGACGCACUGAUCAACGACAAGCCUCAGUUUGUGCGUCUCUUCACCGAGAAUGGCCUAAACAUCCUGGACUACCUGACCUACGGCAGGCUGGAAAGCCUCUACAGAUCAGUAGCUGAUGGGACGCUUCUCUACCAGCUCCUCCAGCGCCGCCUGGUGGAGAGACUCGGUACACCGCACUCGCAGGAUUCUCCUCACAAAGUCACAGCCGAGAGCAUCCAAAGAGGACCAGUGACGGAGCUUAGCUUGUUUGAGGUCUCAAGAGUGCUUGAGCUGUUAAUGGGUGAUAUCUGCCAGCCUUUCUAUUAUGAUGCCUUGGACUUAGGACAGAUCUUAUCCAAGAGGAGGGCAAUGAGGCGUGCCAGUAAGCUGCUGCGUGGAGACUGCUUGUAUCGAGAGAAGCGCUGUCUCUUUCCCUGGGCUUCGCUCUUCAUCUGGGCUGUACUUCAGAACCGCAGUGAGAUGGCCACUUUCUUCUGGGAGAUGGCAGGAGAGUCUGUGCUGAGUGCUCUGAGCGGAUGCAAGAUGCUAAGGGAACUUUCCAAACUAGAAGUUGAGACUGAAACCAAACUCUCCAUGAAAGAGUUGGCCCAGAAAUUUGAGAACCUGGCACACGAUGUCUUCAGCUCUUGUUACCGCAGCAAUGAGAGUCGUUCCUUUACCCUCUUGAUUCGCAAAUCCCCAGUCUGGGGCGGCACCACCUGCCUCCAGAUGGGAAUGGGUGCAGACGCUCGGCUUUUCUUCAGCCACGAUGGAGUGCAGUCUCUGUUGUCCCAGAUCUGGUGGGGAGACAUGAAGAGGAACACAGAGGUGUGGAAACUCAUGCUCACCUUCUUCUGCCCAAUUCUCUGCUACACCAACUUGAUCUCCUUCAGGAAACAAGAGGACCACCAGCAGGGGGGAGACGGGAAGCCGAACGAGGACGGUGUGGGUCGAGACAGUGACAGCCUCUACGGCACCACCAUCUUCUCAUUCUCCGACAUUAAGCACAUUGAAGCAGAUGCACAAGGAGGAUACACUCCCAGGACAACGACCAUCAAAGGCAUACCUCACAUGCCGAGACCUUCCGAGCGGCCAUUCAUUGUAUCAAGAUGGCGUCAGUUCUGGUUUGCGCCUGUCACGUCCUUUUUGGGCAACGUCCUCAUGUACUUCCUCUUCCUACUGCUUUUUGCGUAUGUGCUGCUGGUGGAUUUCAAGCCCCCGCCGCCCGCUGGUCCCGCCAUAACUGAGCUAGUGCUGUACUUCUGGGUGUUCACCAUUGUGUGCGAGGAGAUCCGAGAGACCUUCUUCUUAGGCACAAUGACUUUGCGGCAGAGGGUCAGGGUGUACAUUCAAGAUGUGUGGAACAAGUGUGACCUCACCGCCAUCAUCCUCUUCAUCAUUGGACUCGUGUGCAGGAUGUUCAACUGGUCCUAUGAAUUUGGCCGGGAUGCUCUGUGUGUGGACUACAUGGUCUUUACCCUUCGCCUCAUUCACAUCUUUGCCAUUCACAAACAGCUGGGACCAAAAAUCAUCAUAGUUGGAAAGAUGAUGAAGGACGUCUUCUUCUUCCUCUUCUUCUUGGGAGUGUGGCUAAUGGCAUAUGGAGUGGCCAAUCAGGCUUUGAUAUACUCCUACGACCCCCAACUCGAUCGCAUCUUCCGCCGGGUUUUCUACAGGCCGUACUUGCACAUUUUUGGACAGAUCCCUGUCGAGGAAAUAGAUGUGGGAAAGGACUGGAACAUGGCGUGCACCAGCAAUGCGACACUGAUUGGCGAAGGCGCAGAGCCGUGUCGGACUAUGUAUAGUAACUGGCUAGUGGUAAUCCUGCUGGUUAUAUACCUGCUGGUCACCAACAUCCUGCUCAUCAACCUUCUUAUUGCCAUGUUUAGCUACACCUUCUCCGAGGUGCAGGCCAACAGUGACAUUUACUGGAAGUUCCAGCGAUACAACCUCAUCGUUCAGUAUCACUCGCGUCCUUCGCUAGCGCCCCCCUUCAUCAUCCUCUCUCACAUCAACCUCUUUAUCAAGAGGAACAUCCGCAAGGUGCCCUCAGUCAAGAUCCACCACUUUGUUUUACAGUUAAAAGGGAAGGCAGCAAACCGGCUCAUGACGUGGGAAACCAUUCAGAAGGAGGAUUUCCUCACUGCUCAGAGCAAGAUCCAGAAGAGCAGCGACUCUGAGAGGCUCAAGCGCAUGUCUGCCAAAGUGGAUGGGGUGAUGAAACACCUGACUGAAAGCAGAGACUUUGACCACAGGCUGAGGGCUCUGGAGACUGAGAUGGAGUAUUGCUCCAACGCUCUGAGCUGGAUUGUGGAUACUUUGGCGCAAGGCAGCUCCUUUAAACCUCCUCGGCCUCCCCCUACAUUGAAAGAUGUGUUCCCAUCCUCUUCCUCUAGCUCUUGAUGACCUUGGCUGUUGCCAUGCCAACUGCUUGCCAUAUUAUGACUGGAUUCCAUAGUAGAAUGAAAAGUAGCUGUUACAUUGUUACAGCAUUGAGUACAUGUAAAUGCUUUUAAAGGUGUGUAAUGUAAUGUGUUUAUAUUUAUAUUUUUCCACUGCAUAUCGGAGAUAACACUUGACGUGGUUUGACACGUGGUUUGGGGUGGGGCUAAAUGUAUGCAUGAUAACUGUAGUUGUUUACUGAAUGCUAAAUAUUUGUUACUUUUUUUGAUGGAUGCACACUUUUGCAUCUCUUAGGUGCUGAGAUUUGUUUUCAUAAAAUAUGUACGAAUUUACAGCCAACUCAUUAAUGCAAGAGGACAAAGGAUAAAGAGGACGUUUUAAUAGAUAUACUUACAAACUCUAAUGACUUUACAACAGCAAUAAUGCUCAAUUUAUUCAACAGAGCAUUCUCAUAUUUGAUACAGAGAUGGUAUAUCUAAUGUUAUGACCUGUUAGUGUUGUUGGGUGUAGUGUAGCGUGACAGGGCGCGAAGGUGCUUCCCAGGCAUGUGGAUGGGUUAGUCACAGCUCUAUUGAAGGUCGUAACACCGGAGCAUUCCUCUUGAAGGAGUCUUUACCGUAAAUAGCCUGCUGGGCCACCUGUCACCAGCACAAACGUUAACUGACAGUAGCUUAACUGACAGUGGUGCUCAUUGCAAUGCUCUCCAUAUUAUUAUUAUUAUUUUUUUGAAACGACACAAAUCUGAGGUUAAUUUGUUUUUGGAGCGCAACUACUCAUAUCUGCAUCGAACACAUACCUACUGCCUGUAGGGACUGGCUGCGAAAUACAUGUAUUACCCCCGGCUUCAUGGCAGCCAUGUUUUUCACUAUCCAUCCAUCCAUCUAUUUUCGAUGCCGCUUCUCCUCAUUAGGGGCAUGCUGGAGCCUAUCCCAGCGGCGGGGUACACCCUGGACUGGUCGCCAGCCAAUGGCAGGGCACAUAUAGACAAACAACCAUUCACACUCACAUUCAUAGUUAUGGACAAUUUAGAGUCUCCAUUGAACCUAACAUGCAUGUUUUCAGAAUGUGGGAGGAAACCGGAGUACCCAGAGAAAACCCACACACGCACGGGGAGAACAUGCAAACUCUACACAGAGAUGCCCUACGGAGAUUCGAACCCAGGUUUCCUGAUCUCCUGACUGUGACUGUCGGGCCAACCACUAGACCACCGUAUGGCCUGUUUUUUAACCAAUCUUGGUCAAAUUUAACAUGUGCUUGUCAGUCCCCUCAAGGAGUGUACCAAAUUUUGUGGUGAUUCAGCAAAACACACUAAAGUUAUAUAUAAAGUUAUAGCGGAUUUUGAAAAGCGCAUUGAGCUGUGUGUUAGGUGGUCAGACUUUGGGGUUUAGUAACUGCCGUCGUGCGGUAUAUUUGUCAGAAAAAUAAUAGCAUUGGCAACACAGCAGGGGUGCAAUGUUUUGACACAUUUUCACCUUUUGUAUUCAGUGGUUCAGGCGUAGUUUGCUAACACAAUCAUACACAUGGUUGCUAUGUUCUGUUAUGUUUUUUUAGUGUCCUGCAGGCCAGAAAAACUGUGGACCACAUAUGGACCCCAGGCCAGACUUUGGUCACCACUGAUCCCGGGCUAUGGCUAUGGCUGACACGAUCCAGUACUAGAGUUGUAUCAUAAAUUCUGCCUUUAUAGAGACAAUAAUGCUCAGUU